GAUUUGUGGCGGCCGACUCCACAGGCUUAGUUAAACUAAACUGCUUGAUCCACGAUAGGGAUCCUGUCCGCUUAUCUGAUAUUAUAACGGUCGAGGUUUCCAAAACGGAUAAUUUCAACAUUCUCAAAAAUAAACUCAAGGAAAAGUCAUUUUUGCUUCGAAAAGUUUUGCAAGAAGGAAUAGUUAUUUACGGGAAGGAUCCUCAUUAUCAACCUCAAAGAAAUGAAGAUUUAAUCAAGAUCUAUAAUAGUAACGGGUUGGACAGCUCAUGGAAGAGCAUGGAUGAUCUAUUAGAUUUGAUCGUUAAUCAUCUCCCAAAAUCUCUUCGUGAUGAACACAUUUACUUUGUAGUAUCCGUGGAUCAUUCGAGGGUUGAAUU